AUUUUGCUUGCUUAUAACUGGACACUCUCAUUGCGAACAGCUCAUCGAUGUAUGGCUGUUGGCGAACAGCAGGGAUUGAUUUCGGGCUAGUACAUUGUUCUUAAGUUCUAUUUCCCCGUAAGAAAAAUAGCACUCGAUACAUUGUUGUCCCGAUAGAAGCUCUUCCUUUUUUCUCCGGUGAUUGAGAAAAUAUCAGAGUUACGGUAUGUCGUCGUCAGUUUGUCCUCGUUCCAUUGUACAGCAACCGGCGCCCAAGGAACCCGCUGCGGAUUGUGCGCUCGGCAAGAAGAUCAGGAAAAUAGACAAUGAAGAAAUGGCUAAAGGCAUAAUGCAAAGUGGUAAUCCUCCUACUGGACUCGAAUCAACGGGUCCACUACCAAAUGAGAUUUUCGAGCUGUUAAACGAAUUCUGGAGACCUAGUGAUGUGAUGCCUCCAGAUCAGCAUAUGCUGAACGGCAAGCGGCGGAACGUUGAUAGUCCGGGCGGUGAAGACCAGGCUGAAGACGAUAAAGAAGUUGAUGACGAUUUAACAUCGAUUGCCGAGCAAGAGCAAGAAUUGUCGCAAGAGCGCAACACGUCCAAACGGCGCUACAGCCGAUUGUCGGAUGGCUACGAACGACUGAAAACUGUGCUUCCCUCCGUCAAAGAUAAACGACGUGUUUCGAAGGCAAGAAUCUUAGAUGAAGCGAUCAACUAUAUACAAAGGCUGGAAAGCAUCACAAAUGUUUUGAAGAGAGAACAUGAGAAAAGACUGCAAAUGUUAAACGGUGGAACAAACGGAUUCUUUCCUGACUACAGCAUGCAGCCUUACAUGAGAUCAAUAUUUCCGAAGCAGAUGUACCACCAAAGUAUGACUGGCAAGGUGACUCCUUACACGAAGAUGAAUGGGUCCAUCCCCUCGCCAUCAAAAACAACACCACGCCUUAAACAACCAUACCAAUACUCAAACCAAAGUGCCCAGAACAUGGGCAACACGACCAUGUCGCCUGACUACACGUAUCAAACAUUGGGUGCUUACAACAACAAUAACAAUAAUACCAUUUAUGGGAGCGAUCCUAGUCAAAUGAUGAGUGAAGAUACGUCUCCCAUUGCAAAUACUUCGCCGUACAACAACAGUGCCUGCUCGUUAAGUCCGGGCACUCCAACGUCUUACCAAAAUGGAACAGUCAACAACUCGUGGCCAUACCAUCAAGCAUCACUGAGCAGUUUUAGUGAGGCAUCGACACAAAUGCUUAGUCACGGGCAAAGCAGGCCUCCAUCAGGAGGGUAUGGAUCGAGCAAUACUUACGCAACACUAACCAAUGGUAUGUGGAGUGGAAUGGGCCUUGGGGAUAGCUCGUCGCAAGUCGUUCCUCAUGGCGAACACUCGAUGAAAGUUGGCUAACUCUUUCCUUUCAUUUUCAGCAUGCUGCACAUCACACGGAUAAUGGCGUCUAGCAGUCCGCUACAACUUUCUCAGACGAAAAAAGACGCAUGGUAUGCUGAAACCAAGGAAAAUCCAGGCAUGCCCCAGCUUUGAGAUGCUCUCAGAGUGUUACCACCAGACUCAUGUUCAUUAUCCAUGUAAAUGCGUAAUUAUGUAUUCAUGCAAUCAUAAGUUUACAUUUUGUGUACACAAUUUAUGAGACGAAAACUAACCUUAUAAAUUAUGUUGUAGUCAUACCAUUGUUGCUCAAUGGCAAUUGUACUUCGUUUUCCAUCGAGUGCUAAACGAAAAACGGCUUUCACAAUUAAUAGUUGAAAAAGCGUUUGCUUCGAUUUGUGCUUUUUGUCUAAGCAAUCGUAAUUAUAACGCUUUCUAGCCCUCAGCUACAGCUCUUUGCUAAAAAAGUAUUUUGUUUCUUCAUCUGAAGAACCAAACUAUCACUGCAAUCAUCUGGUACCCAUUUUACUAAUAAGCUUACGGUUCUUACUCAUUUUACGGUUCUUAGCUUCAAAUUUCAGAGCAAACAUUCUUACGAUGUCCUGUCUUGUCAACUGUCUAUUUUGCUAAAUGAAAGUUGAAUAUGAGUCCUAAGGCACAUUUCAUCUUGAUGACAACUUAGCACGAAAGAAACCUUAAUUAUUCUUCUUCCUCUACAGUCAGCUUUCUUUACUUGUUCAGUUUUUUUAGAAACAAUCUUCAAAUUUUGCUGUCUUUAGGAAAAAAUAUAUACUAAUUUAACAGCAUUCCAUUUUCCUCAGGUUCAAAUAUGUCCAAAGUUAAAAAUUAAGAGAAAAUAGUCAUAUCUUUUUGUUUCUUCCCUAAAAUUUUGUGAUGAUGUUCAGGCAAAAAAAACAACAGCUGGUCGAUGAGAAAAUAAGUUUUUUUUCAUUUUCAUGCUGCAUACCUCCAAGUGAAUUCAUUUUUGUUUGCAUUCGGAUGCCACUGCAAAAGUGAUGCUUUCAACUAUCAUCAGGUAGAAUAUCAUUUGUUGUCCUAGAAGAAUAGACGCUCAAUAAAUCUUUUCUCUUAAUCAUUCAGAAUUUCAAAAAUAUUUACUUUAUCAGAAGGCUUAUUUAUUAAAGGCUUUUUUGUAAUUCCGAUACAAUUUUACAAAUAGUACAUUUGGCUUGUCUGUGCUCUUGCUGAUAUUCUGUUAAAGGUUUACAAUCUCGGUUAAAAGCUUGCAAACCUGCUCUGGUAUUGGUUCAUUCUAAUACAGGCAUCAAACAUUUUCCAAAACUUAUCUAUAGCCGUCACAUCUUUCUCACAGAUUUUCUGCAUUGAAGUCAUUUGUGGACUGUGUUUUUAAGUUCAAACGAUGUCUUGACAGUAGAGCAAUCUGUGGUAGAAAUUUUAAAUGUCUCUGUAAUUUGCAUUGAUAAAUCAAUGUUUAUAAAAACGGGUGUAUAUAAUUACAUUAGCUAUUAAGUUGUACAUAGGGUUGCACAAACUGGCUCAUAUUCCUAUUUGGCGUCCGUUUAAUGAGUAAUAGCUAAAUAUUGUACGUUAUUCAUAGGUGUCUAGGUCACCAUGUCGCAUCAUUUUUAAUAUAUUGUGCAUGAUAUUAAUUGAAGAUACAUCAAAAUGGUUGCUUGACCUGUGUGUUUAAUUUUUUACUGCCUAAUCUGGUCUAGUCGCAGUUCAACGAAGUUCUGGAAGAAAUUUGCUCCACAAUAACCAGUUUGACAGCUCUAAUGUUUUUAUAAAAAAGCAUAUUUCCUACAUUUUGGCUUGAAAGCAAUUGCGUCAAAACUAUCAAAAACGUAGCUAGAUCAUCUCAUUCUAUCACUGACAGAUUAUUUGAGGCUACGAACUUUACCAUUUCUACUCUCCUAUUCUUUGAUUAACGCAGAAAUCUCGUUUCGAAACCGUUGCAACACAAUCAUAGAACUCUAGAAGUACAUGGAUUGGCCUAUCACAAUGGAAAGAAUCGAAAACAGGGAACAUUUUUGAAUUUUAUACGUUUAUACAUAAAUUUAAUCUAUAGCAAGGAAGCAGGAGCAAAGUUUCAAGUUGAGGAGGGGGGCUCUACACAGAUUAGUAAAUUCUAAUGGUGGUUUGCCACGACUUUCUUUGAUGCCACAACCUUAAUAUCAUACAUCAGCGGAAAAGUGCAGGGGUUAUAGCCCCCAAAUUUCUUCUGGAGACCCAGACAUAUUAAAAGAAUAAAACCAACGGCAGGCUAUAGCAUAGCCAAAAAACCGUGUUCUACAUCAAACUGUGGUAGAGCAGUUUUAAUAGGCAGUUUCAAACCAAGAGAAACUCUGUCUAUUCCUCUUUAACUUUUAUCAUUCAUCGGCUUCGUAGCAAGCUUUCAUAUUUACCUAGCAGCACA